AUGCUCAAGAGCGUUGCCCCAGUUUUCUCACUGUAUACUGCAUUUCGUAUUUCGCAGAAAACAGGCUGUGCAUCCCUGGAUCGCUGCGAUUUGGUUAUUUCGCUAAGUCAUAUUGAUGAGUAUUUACAUUACAGUGCAACGCUACAGCCUUACCUGGAAGCGGUUCGGAAGACGUUGGAAGCAGCGAUGUGCUUAGAACAGUUCAGCUCGCAAGUUGUCGAGAGGCAUAACAAACCUGAAAUCGAAAUUGCCGCAUCCUCAGAGCUUUUGCUGACGCCCGUUGUUGUAUCACGUAGCAAGCAGGAACGCGUACUGAUCGAGCCAUCAAUCAAUUCUGUACGCAUCAGCAUUGCCGUGAAACAGGCGGAUGAAAUUGAAAAAAUUUUGACACACAAAUUCACACGAUUUAUGUGCCAGCGCGCCGACAAUUUUAUCAUUCUUAGAAGGAAGCCGAUCCCGGGCUACGAUAUAUCAUUUUUGAUUACGGCAACACAUACCGAAAUGAUGUAUAAACACAAAUUGGUCGACUUCCUGAUUCAUUUCAUGCAAGAAAUCGAUAAAGAAAUCAGUGAUAUGAAAUUGGCUCUGAAUGCACGUGCACGAGUCUCUGCCGAAGAAUUCCUCAAACGAUUCAACUGA